UAUCUGAAGAGUGAACUAUGAAAAAAGUGUUUAAUUCUUUCCAAUUCGAACCUCGCCAGCGGCACGCGUCCAUAAAGUUCACAUCCGUCCGUCGUCUGGCAGUCUAAAAAUAAAGAGAGCAUAUUUAGUUGUACGAGUAUUUUUCUGAGACACAAACACUGCACCGCAGUGACGCUUUUAUGUGCAAUUUUCGAACUUAUAAUUUGCGUAUCUUAAACAUUUUACGGCCGCGUUUACUGGCACGUAUAUCGCCUAAGGAAAAUAUUAUGCCUGCGGAAGUCGCAACGUUAAGCAACAAGCAUAACAGCAAAUCGUAAAUUACAUGUGACAAAAUAAACCAUAAUUCAUGAACAAACCCACACCACAACUGCGGCAACAACAAGAACAAUGUGUUGCUUUCAUUUGAAGAACUUUAAAUGCGCCAAUUGUGCACUAACCGCACAGCGCUCCAAUACAUUAUCCAAGUCUAGCAACAGUUAAAGCACCGAUAAGACAUCAAUUUGUACUUGUAAAACUACCAAGACUCCACAGCAAGUAUCACAAGAAACGACAAAUAGAGCUAAGACAAGCAUAAGGCGAGCAUAAGCCCAGACAACUGAAAGAACAGAGGAAAGUGAGGAGGAUACUUGGCUGAGAUUGCACAGAAUGCCGCUGCUUGGAGCAGCAGCAGCAUUGCUGCCACGCCCUUUGCCAUUGCUGUUGUUACUCUAUCUAUCGAGUGUUUUCGUGCUGGUCUGUAGUCAGCGUCCAUUGCUCUUCAAUCACACUCUCAAUGCGCUGCCCAUGUCCCAGCAUAACUAUGUGGGCUCCUCCACUCUGCCCGGCAAGCAGCUGCGCAACGGUCGCACACACGAGCAGCCGCUGCCCCUGCCCGGACCCACAAUCCCCUCGCUGGCACAGCCUGUGCAACGGGGUGUGGCCAUCUACGAUGACUACGAGACGGAAUUAGGCGGCACCCGUGUUCCGCCAGGCAAUCGUCGUGACAAUCGACGCAUUAAGAAUCUGGCCAGUCUGAAUGCUGGUGCACUGCCGCGCCCAGAACGCGGCAACGGGCGACGUGGCAUGGAAUCAUUGCGUAAGGAGCUGAUGAAACCAUCGGUGGGUGGUCCCGGCGGUGGCAUCUCCGGCAGUAGCGCCGGCUAUCCGUCGUACUCGGCCACCUCAUCUAUUGGAAAAAUCGAUGGUUUGGGUGGCAUUGGAUCGGCAAAUCGCUACGGUGAACAACUACGUCCACCCAAUUCAGCGGCAGCGGCAGCAGCAGCUAUGACAGCUCAGAGUCCACUCUCAACACGGCUUCCGCCACUCUAUGGGGGCGCUGAGACCGGAGAUGUGAAGCCAAUGCGCUACACACCGCGCAGGAACUCCAUUAGUGAGUUGUGGAAGCUCAAGAAUCGUCUGCACAACGGACAGGCAGACGAGCCAGCUGGUGGUGUGACACACGGCAAUCUGGAGGGUGAUGUAGAGCCGGGGCAUUUGGAUCCUAUACAGGAAAUUAAGGAACGCAUACGUGAUACUGCGCCCAAGCCUAAUACUUAUGCUCCACAUACGGAAUCUACGCCGUCUUCGGAAAUUGAAUAUAUGCUUGGCGUAAAAUGCAAGUUUGAAAACGUCUGCGCUUGGGCUUGGACCGAAAAUCUAACCGAUGGUUUUCAAGUCAUUAGCGGCACAGAGCUAGCCCAAAAGAAUAUGACGGGUCUGUUGCCAGGUCCUAUAGCAGAUAGCAUUGAUGAUGCGAAUGGUCACUUCCUAUACGCACGCGUCUUGCCCACAACCAAGCAACUGAAUCUCACCUCGCCAGCGUUUAGCACCACCAUGGAGAAGUGCUUCCUCGAGGUGUACAUGCACCAGAGCGACAUGAGUCAUGGAUUAUCGCGUGUGGUCGUUGAACCAACGGAUUCCCAUGAGAGUAGCUGGGUGCCAGCUGAAAUACAAGGCGACAACUUUCGCCAGUGGACACGGAAAUUCUUUCGCAUUGGUCGCAUUUCCCGGGAGUUUCGUCUGGUUUUUGAAAUUGUACCCGAGCUGAAGCCCGGCCAGAAGGGUCAUGUGGCGCUCGACAAUCUGCGUAUGGUCAACUGCUUUCGGGAGGGUGCAAAGUCUGAAAAGUGCAGCACAUCACAAGUCAAGUGCAUGUCCAACAAAGUACCAGUCUGUAUUCCACUACCGCGUAUCUGCGACAUUACUCGAGACUGUGAUGAUGCCGAGGACGAGUUGCAAAGUUGCGAUAAAAUACCUUAUGGCGGACGCUGCGAUUUUGAAGAAGACUGGUGCGGAUGGCGGGAUUCAGGCAAAACAACGUUGACCUGGUCAAGACAUACCGGCUCGUCGCCGACCCACGAUACAGGACCGGAUGGCGACCACACACAGCAACAUCUGUUAAAUAGCACUGGUGGCUAUUAUAUGCUCGUUAACAUGAAUCAGCAUGUAAACGACACUGAGAAAAACUCCAUUAUUGGCUUUGCCAGCAAUGCCAUCAUGCUAAGCAAGACCUUUAACCCUCCACCGUCCGUACAUGGGAACCCUGACUCACCCUAUCGGAAUUCGUGUGUAGUACGCUUUUAUAUACAUCAGUUCGGAAAAAACCCAGGCAGCAUUAAUCUGUCUGUGGUCGAGAUGAAAGAGAAGGAGAAUAUAACGACUACGUUAUGGUGGAGCUCCAAGAACCAGGGCAGUGAUUGGUUGCGAGCUGAAUACGUUUUACCGAAUAUUACAUCGAAAUACUAUCUACAGUUCGAAGCACGUAUGGGCAUGCGGAUUUUCUCUGAUGUGGCAGUCGAUGACUUCUCAUUGAGUCCAGAAUGCUUUGGACUGAACAUACCCGAAGAGCAUCUCAAUGGCUACAACUAUUGGGAUGUGCGCCAUUAUCUGAAGAAACCCAGUCAUCAUGAUUUCGAACACACUAAUUAUCUUGAACUGACUAGCUGCGAUACACGAGGUAUGAUAGGACCGACACAGCUGCAAUGCGAGUCCUCGUAUCGGGAGCAAAAUAAGACGCAUGUCCUGCGCGAGGUGCAUGUGGUGGAGGACCAGAGCACCUACAAAGGCAUGCAAAAGUGGAAGGUGCCUAAUGAAGGACACUACACCAUUAUUGCCAAAGGCGCAAGCGGCGGCUUGGGCUCUGGUGGUGUGGGCUCUUCACGUGGCGCUGUUGCAGUUGCUGUACUAGAGCUACAUAAGAAUGAGGAACUGUACUUCCUAGUGGGCCAGCAGGGUGAGAAUGCAUGCAUCAAGUCCAUGGGUACACACAAGGAGGCCGGUUGCGGAGCAGAGCAUGCUGACGUUGACCUAAGUCAAUACAGUUUUCGCUCUAAACAGGACAUGGUCAAGAACAUUUAUAUUGAAAAUGGCGCUGGCGGAGGUGGUGGCGGUUCCUUCAUUUUCUUGCUCAACCAGGCCAAGAACGAGGCAGUGCCACUUCUUGUAGCCGGUGGCGGUGGAGGUCUGGGGAUAGGUCAAUACAUCGACGAAGACUUUCAGCAUGGGCAGACGGCAAAGCCGCUACAGGCACCAGAAAGCGGGCAAAUCAAUGGUGAACCACUAAACAAGAAAACUGCUGGACCCGGAGGUGGCUGGCGUGCAAAGGAGGAUCAAGCGCUGAGCCCCACCUAUGGUGCUGCCCUGCUGCAGGGCGGGCGUGGUGGCCAUUCGUGCUACGUGGAGCUGGCAGACAAUGGCUCAACCGUCCAUAGACAUGGUCAGGGUGGCUUUGGUGGAGGCGGUGGCGGAUGCAACACCGGCGGUGGCGGAGGUGGCUAUGCUGGUGGCGAUGUCUACCUCAACGAGUCAAAUGGUGAAGGCGGUAGUUCCUUCAUCAGCAGCAGUCGCAGCCUGCGUGACUUUAGCACCAUUUAUGCGGGUGCUAGUACUGGCGCCGGAUCCAUUAUAAUAAUCCCUGCUAUUGAAGGAUGUGGCUGUGAUUAUCGCUGCGUGGCCAUAGAUGAGUUCAGAUCCUCAGUGCGAUGCAUUUGCCCUGAUGGCUGGACUUUGAAGAAGGAUAACAAUACGGCUUGUGAAAUACACGAAGAGAGCGGAAAAUCAUCUUUCGAGUAUUUGGUUGCAUGCCUUGUCUUCUCGCUGGCCGUGCUCUUCACCUGUAUUGGCGGACUUAUCUUUAUGCUCUAUAAUCGCUAUCAACGUAAAAAGCAAGCCAAAUUACGCCACAAGAUGCUCGUAGAGCAGGAUUUGCAGCUCAGCCGCCUGCGCCACAACAUCGACGACUCCAAUUUGAACAACUUUAAUCCCAAUUAUGGAUGCGAUGGCAUACUCAACGGUCACAUCGACGUCAACAGUCUGCCGGGAGUGGCCCGCGAGAGUUUGCAGCUGGUCAAUGCUUUGGGCAAGGGCGCCUUUGGCGAAGUGUAUUUAGCACUGUAUCGCCAUCGUGAUGGUGAUGCCGUUGAAAUGCCUGUAGCAGUCAAAACAUUGCGGGAGGAUCCAAAGCGUGAGAAGGAAGAGGACUUUCUCAAAGAGGCUGCUAUUAUGGCUAAGUUCAAUCAUCCGAAUAUGGUGCAUUUGAUCGGCGUCUGUUUUGAUCGUCAGCCCUACUACAUAGUACUGGAACUUCUGGCCGGUGGGGAUUUGCAAAAAUUCCUGCGCGAAAACCGCAACACACCCGAGCGUCCCUCCUUGCUAACUAUGAAGGAUCUGCUUUUCUGUGCCUUGGACGUGGCCAAGGGCUGCCGCUAUAUGGAAAGCAAGCGCUUCAUACAUCGGGACAUUGCAGCGCGCAAUUGCCUACUUAGUAGCAAGGGGCCCGGACGUGUAGUCAAGAUUGCGGACUUCGGCAUGUCCCGCGACAUUUAUCGCUCAGACUACUAUCGCAAGGGGGGCAAGGCUAUGUUGCCAAUUAAAUGGAUGCCUCCCGAAGCCUUCCUUGAUGGUAUAUUUACGUCCAAGACGGAUGUAUGGUCCUUUGGCAUCUUGCUCUGGGAAGUUUUCUCUUUAGGACGCUCCCCCUAUCCCGGUCAACAUAAUACGCAAGUCAUGGAGCUUGUAGUACGCGGCGGACGCUUGGGCUCACCAACAGAAUGCCCCGUGUCCAUUUAUAAGAUCAUGGCCGAUUGCUGGAACCCCACGCCCGAGGACCGACCAACGUUCACAAGUCUGCUGGAGCAUUUGACUGCAUGCUCGCAGGAUCCGACUAUCAUGAAUGCACCACUACCCAACAUACUUGGUUCCACGGCUUCGGAGCGGGAUGAUACUGUGAUCCGACCACCAAAUGGCGAGGAGUUCUGUCUGGCGGUUCCAGACUAUUUGGUCCCUCUACCGGGCAAUGGAGCAGCCGUUGCAGCUAGUGGAGCCAAUUAUGGGCCGGCACAGCGACACCAGCAUGCGUGCACCCCCCCAGCCGUUACGUCACCCGCAGCGCCCAAGAUGCCUCCUGGUGCGCAGGCACAGCCCAACGACGGUGCCGACUGCUGGGAAACUUCUUUCAUAUUGCCCAACUCGAAAAGCGAUCAACCGCUGCUAAAUGGCACAGCCAUAACAACAAAUGCGUUGGGGUGCAAUAAAACUCUUGACCCUCAAGGAAACUUACAGGCUCUGACAUCAACCGCUGCUUCGCCAACCAUGACACCCAUAAAUCGAUCGCCUACGCACAGUGACGAGGCCAAGCUCAUUAGUCUCGAUACGCCGCAGGCCACGCCAACAACCAUACAGCCUCCACUAUCGUUUGCCUCACAGCUGGACGGGAUUACGCUCGAUCCGGCAGCGCUCUCCAAGAGCGUGCAGCAGCAGCAGCAACAGCAGGCGCAGGCGCAGGCCAAUGGCAGCAGCAAGUCCUAUGCCAACGUACAGGUGAAGAACGCUGUGGUGGAACCCGAAAAACUCAACGGAUCGCUGCCAAAUGGCGACCUACCUCAGGCCGCUGCGACCACAACGAUGACAGCAAAUGGUUCACCAUUUACCAUACAGGGAUAUGCAGAUCGCUACAAGGACAACAACAAUCAUUCCGAAAUCAGCUGUUAGAGUUUAGUUUUCGAUUGUGUGCGAUUUCAUUGGGGAAUGACUUUGAAAACAGACCAAAAGUUUGCUGUCUCUUGCUUUUGCUAAUGGACAUGAGCAGAAAAUGGUGUUUGAUCAUGAAGUUAUCCAUCAGCCUGAAUUUAACAUUCAUGAAGGCCCUGUUGGCUGCAAAAGCCAAAGUCAAAACAAAAAAACAUAAUUAAAAGAAAAAGAAAUCGAGUGAGAAGUUCGCAAAAAUUGUAUUGUAAUAAAAAUAUUAAUUUUUAUCACAUUAACGUAUAUGGAACUUAGUUAAUUUUUGUAAGACGUUAGUUUGCCAAUGCGAGAGGUUGUAUAUAAAUUAAAUGUAUUUUUCAUUUUAAAUUUAUACCAAAAAAUCGUCAUUAUGUACAUCGUUGGGUUUCUUUGUUAUCAUUUUAUUUUACGUUAUUUCAUUUAAGCUAAUGACUGAAUGCUAAACAAUAUUCCUAAAUGAAAAUUUGCUUACUGGCAUACACAUUUUUUUAUAUACAAGCAACAAACACAGUCCAAAAAUACAAGAAACGCAACCCAAAUGAUAUAUAAACAAAGAAUUAAUUCAGUGCUCAACACAAAGAGUAUAGUCAUUUAUUUUUUAAAUAUAUAUUCAAUACUUAAUUUAAAUUUAACAAAACAAAAAACAAUACUUGUAGAACAUGAAGCGCCAUAUUCAAGUAUUUAAUGUAUUUCUUAAUA